CCCGCGCUCCCGGCAGCUGCCGCCGGCCCCUCGCCGCCUUGCCCGCCCGCGUCCCCCCGCCCGGCGGCCGCGAUGUCCGACAAGGAGUUCAUGUGGGCCCUCAAAAACGGAGACUUGGAUGAGGUGAAAGACUACGUGGCCAAGGGUGAAGAUGUCAACCGGACGCUUGAAGGUGGGAGGAAGCCUCUUCACUAUGCAGCAGACUGUGGCCAGCUUGAGAUUCUGGAAUUUUUGCUCUUGAAAGGAGCUGACAUUAAUGCUCCAGACAAACACAAUAUCACACCACUCCUAUCAGCAGUCUAUGAGGGCCAUGUUUCAUGUGUGAAAUUGCUUCUGUCAAAGGGUGCUGAUAAGACUGUGAAAGGCCCAGAUGGACUAACUGCCUUUGAAGCCACUGACAACCAGGCAAUCAAGACUCUUCUUCAGUGACGGAUGGACUGAUAUCUUAAAUGUCUCUCCUGUGGCCUCACACUGCUGCCUGUCUGUCACUCUUUGCAUCUUCCAGCUUCUUCAGCUAAAUACUUUGGGGGGAGGGAAAUUCUUUAUGAGUCAGACUAGUUAGGGGCUUGUAUCAAAUAUAAUCUGGUUGGAGGGGGUUGAAAACAAUUAUGAAGUGUCCCUCCAGGACUUCUUUCCAGUGCACAAUCUUUUUCCGUUUCUAGUGAAAAUGGAAGAAGGAAGACAGACCAUGCUGAAUAUUUGGCUUGUAAGCCUUCUAGAUUAGUACUAAGAUUUCUUAGAUGGAUGGAAGUACUUCCUCUAGAUGGAAGUACUGUGCUAUGUACCUGAAACUAAUUGUGAAGGAGACAAUAGUCCCAUGCUCUUAGUGUCUGCCAUAAUCUGAAGUGUAGUAAUGUAGGUGGCUGGGUUGCUCUUCUCUCUUCUCUCUCAGUGGGUAGCUUUAUUCUUCUUCUGCCUAAAGCCUCUGUUACAGUUUUGAGGACUUUUGAUACUAGUUAUUGGAACUGUUCUUUAUAUUGACUAAUUGGAUGUCACACUAAUGUUUUCUGACUCUUGAGCAAACAAAGAAAGACCAGUUGAGGCAUGGUGGUGUUACACUCCAUAAUACCUGCCAAGGUACUUUUGGAUGCUUGAAUUUGAAGUCUUUCUAUCCCAUAUUUGUUUCAGUCCCGGACAAACAUUUUAAGUAACUGAUUUUGACAGAGGGGUCAAAAUUUCACUGUAGUUUUUUUCCAAAAGGAAUGGAAGAUGAAAUUUCUUUACUCACCACAUCAGCAUAUAAUACUUGUGUGAAAGCUCCAGGCUGUUUGGUACACAAGGGUAAUCAAGGCAAAUGUGGAAAGAUCAGGUGAAUAUUGUUGCUAAACCUUUCUGGUAGACAUAGAACCUUUCUAAGCUCAGAUGUAGAAGCAGGAAGAUGUACAAGCAGAAGUCUUAACUUGCUCUCACUACUACAGAAUUUUUUUAAUUGUGCAUAGCUUCAAAUUAGUGUUUCAUUGUCGAAUGGAUGAACCUCUUAAAUUCCAUUAAGGCAUGAGGCUUGUUCUGGAAGUUCCCAGUAUGACCGUACCACAUUAACCACUGACUUCUAGAUAAGAUUUACUAUACUAGUAUGACAGUCUUGAUCACUUGUGGGAAGGUAUUUAAUGAUGUUGUAGGCACUCCUGUCACAUCUUGUGGUCCUCAGGAAUAUCUGAGCUGCUGGCUUUCAUCCUGAAAAUUUUCAUUAGACGCCUGGUUCAUCUAAAACUGAGUAACAGGUUCUGUACCACAAACUGUACAUCUUCCUCUCUUUUGAAAUACAGAUGUCAAACUUCCUGGUAACAAAAUACAGAAAAGCACGUGUAUAUAACGUCUCAUGUUGAAUCCUUAAACAAAAGUAGCUGAUAUUACUUUGAAAUCACUGUUGAAAUUGAGAGGAUAUAUAGAAGUAGACUGGUGACUACCACUAGUAUUUAAUGGAGAUUUAGUUUUACUUGAAUAAUGUUGCAUAUUAGGAAUGAAUGUCUCAAAUAUGAAAAGCAUUGCAUUGAGAGUGUAAAAUGAGAGCAGGAACUGAUCUACAUCUACACAUUGCAUAAGAAAAGCAAUGGAGAAAACAAUCAACUGUGGCCAUAAACUGUACAGUGCAAUUAAUCUGUUUCUUGGAGAUGGGUGGCAAGGAAGAACAGAAGGGUUGGAAAUCAGUGAUAAAUCAAUUGGUGAACUGCUGAUAAAAGAACAAGAAUAUUUGGUGAACAGUGCUUUUAAAAACUAUAAGAGGACUCUUUAAUCUUAUCUCUGAUCAGUGCUGGAUUGUCAUGUCAUUGUAAUAGUGUGAACACAGACAAUAGGUUUAACUCUUUAUUCAGCUAUGAAAGUAACAAUCUUUGGCAUCAAUUUGCCGCCAUAUUAUGCUAUUAAAUACUUAGCUAUUCAAAUGCUAGUCUAGAAAACUGCAAUCUGUUUUUACGUGGAGAACUUGAUUAUUCAAGUUUUUUGUGUUGAUUAGUGUCAAGUUGUCUGGGCAUAGUGGUUUGUAUUAUUUUUUUUUCCUUCGGUAUUCUUUCCUGCCUUUCCCUUUAACUCUCAUUUAAGUGAGCAAAGAAACAUUGUCUUUGUACUAACUCUUCUGGAGAUUCACUGAGGCAAUUUUGCCUCCCUUUUUCUACAAUUAUGGGGACACCUUAUUUUUUCUUACUUCACCCUCUGGGGGGGAAAAAGAAGCAAACAGACUUCAGUGAGUCAAGUGUUAAUUUGGCUGUAAUACAUACCCAAGCUGCCUUUUGAGAUAGCUAAAAAGAUGGCAUUUAAUGUUUGGCAUAUAAAGAAGAAAUACUUUUCUGCUUUUUGCACUACAUAACAGGUGUUUAAUCAUUUUGCCCAGGAUUAAAAAAAAAAAGUAAAAAUAAAAGCUUAUACAUUUGUAAUUGUCUCAAGACUGGGCUUGUUCAUUUGUUUCCUUCUUGUUAGCUAUUUUGUGGAAAAAAUAAUGGGUGGCUUCCUCUAUCUUUGAGUGGUCCUAACUAGAUAAAAAUACCAAACUGUAAAUUAUUUUUCAUUCUAUAAACAGAAUUUAAAUACUUUGUCAGACUGGAAUUGCAUAUACUUGGAAAUCCACUCUGUUCUUAAACCUUUUCCUUUGAAAUUUGUGCUGAAUAAGUUAUAAACUUAAGUAUAUUUUGGAUUUUGUACCCUCUGCUCCCUUUUUCUUACAGGGAGCAAAUGAGAAAAGGAGUACAAUAGUUAAAUGGAACUGAACAUAACACUGAUUAUUUGUAGAAGAGGCUGGUAAGAAUAGAGUGUCCUAGGUCAAGCAAUUGCAGUGUUGCAUGCAAAAUUUCAAAACAAACUUGUCUUAAUUAUAUUUUGUAAAUGGAUAAACAAUCAUCUUUCUACACAGUGACAGAAGAAAAAUUAGUGCUCUGUGCAUUUUGAUAUUUGACUUUCUCUUUUCACCAUUGUUAACUGUUUUGACACAGUUGGGUUCAUCAUUAUCAUGGUUCAUAGACAUCAGAAUGCUAAAUUAUACUGUAUUUUUAAGUUUGUGUUGCAAGAAUGAAUGGAAUAAACUUGAAUUGUGCGAUAUGAGAA